AUGCAUCUUCUUCUAAAAACAGGAACACCGCAACGGCUCAGUGUCUUCUUUCACCGAACACAAGAUUAUCACACGUCGAUUCAAAGAUUCUCGUCAAUUUUACCACAGAUUUUGAAUGCUCGUCAAUUUCCACAGAGGAGAGCUCGCCCGAAAGAGGAGAAGGCAGCAAAUACAGAGAAUGAUCAGAAAACCUUCAAAAAUCCAUGGAUCGAAAUCUCAUGGAGCUCAAAAGGACACCGAGAGACCAAAGAAGAAGUCAAAGAGUCGAGUGAAGGUGGCGGUGGAAACGGCGGAAAAGACGAUGAUCCGCGCAAGAAAUUGAUGGAAAAAAUGAAAAGAUGGCUAGCGAUUUCCCUAUUCGCUUAUGGAGUUCUAUUCAUGCUCUCUCCUAAAACUUCAGGCGGAGUUACAGCUGACAAGAUUUCCUGGAGUGAAUUUAUCAAUGAGUUACUGCCAACAGGACAAAUUUAUCGAAUUAUUGUACUCCCUGAGAAGGAUAUCGCUUAUCUCUAUGUCUAUGAUACAGGAGCGAAAAAUUCAAAAGGAGAACGACUUGCGAACAUGUAUAGAGUAGGGAUACCAUCGGUAGCAAGAUUCGAGACAGAAGUCCGUGCUGCCGAGGCGGCGCUAGGUCUCCCACCAGAGCACUGGACACAAAUUGAGUUUAAACGAUCUGAAAAUAUCGCUCAAUGGAUCACAAUUAUCUUCCUGGGCGGUCUACUCAUCGGCGGAUUUCUGUUAUUCAAAAAAAUGAAGGGAUCUUUCAAUAUGACUGAUAUCAUGUCUAAUAUGACGAAAGGAAAAUUCACAGUUAUCGAUCCACACAGUGCGGAGGGGAAAAAACAGCUGAAAAUCAAGUUUAAGGAUGUCGCUGGUUGUAGUGAGGCGAAAGUGGAGAUUCGUGAGUUUGUGGAUUAUUUGAAGAAUCCUGGCAGGUUUACGAAACUCGGUGCCAAGCUGCCACGUGGCGCUCUCCUCACCGGACCGCCCGGAUGUGGUAAAACUCUUCUCGCAAAGGCUCUCGCCGCGGAAUCCACUGUCCCAUUCAUCUCAAUGAAUGGUUCGGAGUUUGUGGAGGUGAUUGGUGGUCUGGGUGCGUCGAGAAUUCGUGGUUUAUUCAAAGAAGCACGCUCACGGUCUCCUUGUAUCAUUUAUAUCGAUGAGAUUGAUGCGAUCGGAAAGAAGAGAAACGAGGGAAAUGGUGCAGGCGGAUUUGGAGGCGGUUCCGGUGAAGAGGAGCAAACACUCAAUCAACUUCUCGUCGAAAUGGACGGAAUGGGAUCCGGGAACGGUGUUGUCGUGUUGGCAUCCACAAACCGUGCCGAUGUUCUCGAUAAGGCCUUGUUACGACCGGGACGAUUUGACAGACACAUUUCGAUUGAUCUACCAACAAUGAUCGAGAGAAAGGAUAUGUUCGAGUUGUACAUGCGGAAGAUUAAGCUAGACCACGCCCCUCAAGAGUAUUCUCAACGAUUGUCGGCGAUGACACCCGGAUUUUCUGGUGCUGAUAUCAUGAAUGUCUGUAACGAGUCAGCGAUCCGUGCGGCGUCGAAUAAAUCCCGUGUGGUGACGAUUAAGGACGUGGAAUAUGCAUUGGAUAGAGUGUUAGCUGGAUCAGAGAAGAGAAGUAGGAGUUUGGUGGAGGAGGAGAGAGAAGUGGUGGCUUAUCACGAAGCAGGCCAUGCCCUCGUCGGAUGGAUGCUUGAACACACAGAUGCUCUCCUGAAAGUCACUAUUAUCCCGAGAACCUCUGCGGCUCUCGGAUUCGCGCAGUAUUCGCCACGUGACAAAAAACUGUUUGCGAAGGAGGAGUUGUUCGAUAGAAUGUGUAUGAUGCUUGGUGGUCGAUGCGCUGAGAAUCUGAAAUUCGGACGAAUCACUUCGGGUGCACAAGACGAUCUUCAAAAAGUGACGAAAUCCGCGUACGCUCAAGUGAAAUUAUAUGGAAUGAGUGCGAAUGUCGGACCGCUUUCGUUCCCUAACACCGAGGGAUUUCAGAUUAAACCGUACUCGAAGAAAUUUGGAGCAAUGUUUGACCAGGAGGCGUCAUUGAUUGUGGCGAAGGCGCAUGAGGAGACGACGAAGUUGAUUAGGGAUAAUAUGGAUAAGCUGGAAACGAUCGCUCAAGCGCUUCUAAAACGUGAAGUUCUCAAUUACGACGACGUGAAACAACUGAUCGGAACCCCGAAAUUCGGAGACAAACAUGUGAUUGAUAUGGUGGAGAAUGUGUUGCCGAAGGAGGACGCUCUCAAUUAA